AUGGCCACCUGCCACUUCCCCCUGGCCUUCCUCCCAGGAGCUGACGCCCUGGCCAGCCGCCGGGGCAGGCGGUCCUCGCUGGAUGCCUGGAUGCCCCUGCAGAAGGUGGGGUGCAGUGUGUCUGGGGGCAUUCUCCAGGCAGGGUGUGGCCAACCCCAGGAUUUGGAGGCUGGAGGCCGCAUCGGGGGCCGCAUCGUGGGAGGGCACGAGGCCCAGGCGGGGGCGUGGCCGUGGCAGGUCAGCCUGCGUCUUCACAGCGUGCACGUGUGUGGAGGGACCCUGCUCAGUACCCAGUGGGUGCUCACAGCUGCCCACUGCUUCUCAGGGUCCCUGAAUUCAUCAGACUACCAAGUCCACCUGGGCGAACUGAGGAUCACUCUGUCCUCCAGCUUCUCCACGGUCAGCCGAAUUGUCCUGUACUUGGGCCGCCCAGGACCUCCGGGCACCAGUGGGGACAUAGCCCUGGUGCAGCUGAGCACACCCAUACGCCUCUCACGCUGGGUCCUGCCUGUCUGCCUCCCUCAGGCCUCCGCCAGCUUCCAGCCUGGGACUCGGUGCUGGGUCACUGGCUGGGGCUACACGCAGGAGGGAGAGCCUCUGCAUGCCCCCUACAGCCUGCAGGAGGUACAGGUCUCCAUCGUGGACACAGAGACCUGCAGGCAGGACUACAACAGCACGGGCAGCACCAUCCAGCUGGACAUGCUGUGUGCCCAGGGCCCGGGGGAUGCCUGCCAGGAUGACUCUGGAGGGCCCUUGGUCUGUCAGGUGGAUGGCCGCUGGCUGCAGGCAGGCGUGGUGAGCUGGGGAGAGGGCUGUGGCCGUCCAGACCGGCCUGGUGUGUACACCCUGGUUCCUGCUUACGUGAACUGGAUCCACUUGUACAUCCCGGCAGCGAGGGGCUCUGAACUGGCCCCACUGCCCCUCCUGGCCAGCUUCUUCCUCCCUGGACUCCUCCUUGCCCUGGUCUUCUGUGUCUUGGUGGCCAAGUUCUCCCUGCACAGAGCUCCUGCCCUCCUCCCUUCCUGGCAGGUCAUGGAGGAUUAG